UUUUCCUUCAUUGGAUCCGUCCAAAACAGGUGCAGGCUACGAUGGCAGCGAGUCGUCUUGCACGUCAAUCUAUUUGCGCCGAGAUGGCAAAAGAUCAACAAGACCUUUUAAAAUUCAAGAUGGCGCUCCAACCGGAUAAACGACAGAUGGAAUAUGAGCAAACUUUGAUGCAUGGCCAAUAUUCGCGUGACUUAGGUCAGUUUGCAAAGGCCAAAGCAGCAAAGUUACGAGAGGAGAAAGAGAGACAGAGAAAAGUUGAAGAUGAAUUCCUUCGCUAUACCACGGAGAGUCGAUGCCUCAGAUGUAAAGCAUCUUUAAUACAGUUCAGAAACUGGGUAUUCUCAAAGAUAGGAGAAGAUUGGAUAUUCCUGGCAUUGCUUGGAGUCAUCAUGGCAUUGCUCUCCUUCGCGCUGGACUACACCAUUCAGAAGUUUCAAACAGCUCAAGUUCAUCUCUUCUACAUGAUCGAAGGGAAUGCAUUUCUUCAGUACCUGGCUUGGGUUGGCUUCCCCGUCAUCCUCAUCGUUUUCUCUGCUGGAUUCGUCCAUCUGGUGUCCCCUCAUGCUAUAGGUUCUGGUAUUCCCGAAAUGAAGACCAUUUUAAGGGGUGUCGUCCUGGAGGAAUAUCUCUCGUUCCGUGCAUUCCUAUCUAAAGUAGUUGGUCUUGCCACGGCAGUGGGCAGUGGCAUGCCCCUGGGAAAAGAGGGUCCGUUUGUUCACAUUGCUAGUAUUGUGUCUACCAUGCUCAGUAAACUGAUCGUCUCAUUCAAGGGAAUCUAUGAGAAUGAAUCCAGAAAUUGUGAGAUGCUUGCUGCAGCCUGUGCUGUGGGUGUUUCGUGUAACUUUGCGGCACCUAUAGGGGGCGUCCUUUUCAGUAUAGAGGUAACAUCCGUCUAUUUCGCCGUGCGGAACUACUGGAGAGGUUUCUUUGGGGCUGUGUGCGGAGCAUUUGUUUUCAGGCUGCUGGCAGUGUGGAAUAAAGAUGAAGAAACCAUCACAGCGUUGUUCAAAACCAACUUCCGAUUGGAUUUCCCGUUUGAUGUCCAAGAACUAGUGGCAUUUGCAUUCAUAGGAGUCGUAAGUGGGUUUGGAGGAGCACUCUUUGUUUACCUACACCGAAAGAUAGUAGACUUUGUGAGAAGUCAAAAGACUGUCAAUCACUUCCUACAGAAAAACCGUUUGAUCUAUCCCACCUUGGUAGCAUUUGUAAUCUCAUCCAUCACGUUUCCUCUCGGUCUUGGGCAAUUCAUGGCAGGCGAGCUGACCCAGAAACAACAGAUCAAUGAGCUCUUCAGCAACACAACCCUCGGCAACGACCCGGAAGAUAUUGAAGAGGAAAACAUCUACAAGCCCUGGCAUCGGCCAAACGUCUUCGUCACCUUAGUAGUGUUUAUCAUCAUGGAGUUCUGGAUGUCGGCUAUAGCCGUUACCCUGCCCGUACCCAGCGGAGUAUUCAUCCCAGUCUUCACCAUCGGUGCGGCGUUUGGCCGUCUUGUAGGUGAGGCCAUGGCAGUCUGGUUCCCAGAAGGUAUCCCCAAUGGUGAUACCCUCAACAAGGUGGUCCCUGGUGGCUAUGCUGUCGUAGGUGCUGCAGCAUUAUCAGGCAGUGUUACCCACACCAUCUCAACAUCUGUUAUAGUGUUUGAACUCACUGGACAAAUAACACAUAUUUUACCUGUCAUGAUUGCUGUGUUGAUAGCUAAUGCCAUAGCUCAGUUACUUCAACCGUCAAUCUAUGACAGCAUCAUACGCAUUAAGAAACUGCCAUACUUGCCAGAUAUCAGCCAUGCUGGAUCUAAGACUUAUAACAUUUUUGUAGAAGACAUCAUGGUACGCAAUCUGAAAUUCAUCUCCUGGCUGUCGACCUAUAAAGAGCUCCAGGAUCUUCUUAACAACUCAUCAUUAACAUCAUUCCCACUAGUAGAUGCACCAGAAUCUAUGGUCCUCAUCGGCUCCGUUCAAAGAACGGAACUAGCUUUCAUGCUGGAGAAGAAGAUUGGCCGAGCCCGGCGGAUCCUGGUCGCUACCAGCCGGAGACGAAGGGAGCAGGGGCUUGAUGGGAACGCGGAGGCUUCGGGAGAGGAAAACGCUCCUGUGGUGGAGUUUCAUAAAAAGCCGUCAUCAAAUGAGAGAGCUGUUAGCAUAAACCUUUCACCAGUCACUGAAGAUAAACCUGAAACAUCUAAAGGAUUUGAGGGUGCAUCUUCAAAUAGUUCCCCCUCUGCAACUUUAGACUUUAAACGUGCUUCAGUGUUUGGAAAGCAAAUUAGAUUGAAUUCACGGAAAAAUGGUUGGCAGUCUAUUGGGACGUUUGAGGACAUGACAGAAGAGGAGAAAGAUGAAUGGGAGGACCAGGAGCUAAGGGAUGAACUAGACUUCAAAGAUUGUCAGAUCGACCCUGCUCCAUUCCAUCUGGUAGAGAGGACUUCACUUCAUAAGGUGCACUCGCUGUUCUCCCUACUUGGUUUGAACCAUGCCUAUGUAACCACUCUCGGUAGACUGAUGGGUGUUGUUGCCCUCAAAGAGAUCCGACGUGCAAUUGAAGAUAAUCAGUACAGACAACAUGAAGAUAUUCCGAUCCAAAGAAACAACUCGCCCGUAGACAGCGUCCAGACGACCGUCACAUCAGCACUUUCUAUACAGUGAAACAGUACUGCAAUGGGCUUAUUGUAAUCAUGAUGCUGAUAAG